UGUUUGUUUAUUUAUUUAUAUAUAAUAAUUUAUCAUAAGCGUACAAUGCUUAACAAAUCGAAUCUUAAAUUAAGUCAUUCAGAGGCAACGAGAGAGCAGACAAGCUAGCUAGCAAAGGAGAGAUUUUUACAUGAAAUCACACAACCAAUAAGCUCAAAGAAAUUUAUAAAGUAUGACAAUUAUUAAAGUAAGAUGGGAAGACCUAUAUAUAAAUUGGCCUCUUGCAAUAGAAGAAUAUACAAGACUAGAAGCCUCAGCCCGGGAAAAACCAUGGUUUCAUGACAAUGAGUACAAAAGCAGAUGAAUUAUAACACUGUUAAUGAUGGUGAGGACCAACAACUGUAUGCUCCAUAGUAUCGCUUAUCUGGCUGGUUCCACUGCUCAUACAAGCCCAAAUCUCCUCAGCAAACCAACAGGAAUUCAACAUAAAUGCAUACACUAAAAACCUCCCCGAGGACUUGAGACAUAUUGUUAAGAAGGCAAUCAAGUUAGAGCGAGAUGCACUUGCCUCACCUCCAACAACUUUACCAACAGAAAAAUGCCAAUCAGAGGAUGGGGUUACAUGUCCCCCAAGUAAAUACAGGACACCUAUGGGCGAGUGCAAUAACGUAAGGCACUCUAGGUGGGGCAAUAGAGGAGCUCCAUUUUUGAGGCUAUUAUCGCCCAGUUAUGCUGAUGGCAAAACCGAACCAAGACGUUCCAGCUCGGGUUACCCACUACCCAAUCCAGUGGAACUAUCCAGAACGCUGCAGAAUAUCCCGUCGAAAAGUCACGAGUCAGUAACCGCCCUAUUGGGAGCCUGGAGUGAGCUCCUGCUGCACGAUCUCGCCUCCACUGGCAACUUAAAGAGUCUGGAUUGCUGCAAGAGGGAUCGCAAGAACCACGGGGAAUGUUUUGGGGAUUUGGGGGACGGGGAGUGUCGGGAGUAUAUGAGGACGUUGCCCAGUGUGGACGUUGACGCUUGCGAAUUUAGAUACAGAAAUCAAAUUAACCUGGCAUCUUCCUUCCUGGAUGCAUCGGCCAUUUAUGGAAACACCUACGAAACCCUGCAGAAACUAAGAAUAUACGAUUCUGGUUUGGUAAACGUAUCGAGUUGUACCACCUGCCAAUCGAACGCCCUGUACUCUGCCAUUUUGAAGGAGCACAAUCGGUUGGCUGUAGGUUUGGCCGCACUUAACCGUCACUGGACCGACGACGUGCUGUUUUACGAGAGUAAACGGAUCGUCACGGCGGAAAUCCAGCAUAUUACUUAUAAUGAGUUUUUGCCCACUUUGCUUGGACAGGAAUCCAUUACGAACUCGGAACUCUCACUUCAAAGCCACGGCAGGUACGCAAAAUAUUCCAGCCUGAGAAAAGCGGGAGUAUACAAUGAAGUGGCCAUGGGAGUUUUACCAGCAUUGCUCUCGAUGCUCCCUAAUAAGCUGCUUAAUGAAACGGCCAACUCCUUCGCCGAAAUGGUGGACAUCCUUAUCUCGUUACCAGCCCAAUCUCCAAGCCUCCACAUGAUGGUACCGUUAAGGAAAGACUGGGACACCGCGGGUUUGUUUAUACAUAUGGGUAGGGACCAUGGUAUUCCCGGAUAUACGUCCUGGAUGCAAUACUGUAGCAACAUCACUUAUCCGACCAAUCCGACCUUUGAAGAUAUGACACUUUUAAUGAAACCUGAUUACGUGAACACUUUGAAACGUUUAUAUCAGAAUCCAGAAGACGUGGAUUUGCUUGUCGGUGCUCUCCUGGAAGAACCGUUGCCCGGGUCCGUCGUGGGUUCCACUCUGUCCUGUUUGUUGAAGGAACAAUUCGUACUUUUAAAGGAAUCCGAUCGGUUCUGGUACGAAAACGAUUUGCCCCCGAGUUCGUUGACCAUGGAGCAAAUUAAGGAGAUUAAGAAGGUGUCAUUAGCAGGUCUUUUAUGUGCAAACACAGACGAUUUGGAUAAGAUUCAACCGAAAGCGUUUGUCCAAGAAGAUACGUUCCUCAACGCCAGGAUUAAUUGUAAUCAACAUCCCAUGCCUAAUUUAACCGAAUGGGCGGAAAUGGACCAUAUGGCCGACGUGAGCGAGGAGGUUUUAAUGGAGGCACUCGCCAAAGCCGAACAAGAAUUAUUGGCCAGGAGAAAGAUGGAAUAUCAAGUUUUCACUGAGAUUGGUGGUGUCGAUCCUAAAUCGCCACAAGGAAUCGCCUCGUCGUUCAGUAAACCGAGCAAAAACGCGUUGGCCCUGGCCAACACCUCGCUCCUAUUCGAGUUCGCCUCCAACGAAAUCGUAAAUUCCCUGCUGCACACGAGACGUAAACGCCAAAUCUUCGACAGUCACUCGUUCGCUUCGGUAUUCCGGGACGAUAUCAGCGAGGGCUUACAAAACGUUGACAUCUCCUCGAUAUUACCGGGGCAUAUUUUGGAGCCUCAGCUUCAGUGCGAGGAUAACGAACCGUGCGAUCCCGCUUAUCCGUACAGAUCGUAUUCCGGCUAUUGUAACAAUUUGAAAAAUCCGAAAUACGGCAACGCGCUGACUACUUUUAACAGAUUACUGCCGAGCGCUUACGACGACGGGAUUUCUAAACCGAGACGGGUGGGCGUUACUGGCGUACUUCUACCCAAUCCCAGACUGAUUUCAAGAACUAUACACGCCGAUAUCAGUAAUCUGCAUAAGAGGUACACUCUUAUGGUGAUGCAAUUCGCCCAGUUUAUCGAUCAUGAUCUUACGUUCACUCCGAUCCAUAAGGGUUUUGACGAGUCCAUUCCCAGUUGUCGAUCCUGCGAUAGUCCUGUGACUGUUCAUCCAGAAUGUGAUCCGAUACCGAUUCCGCCGGGCGAUAGUCAUUAUCCGGAGUUUAACAUCACCACCGGAAAACCGAUUUGUUUGCCUUUUAUGCGAUCUUUGCCCGGACAAAAACAACUUGGACCCCGAGAACAAGUCAAUAUGAACACCGCUUUCCUGGACGGAUCAAUGGUGUACGGGUCUUCCCGGUGCACCGUGCACAAACUGAAAGGCCUUAAUGGAAAAAUGAACGUCACGAUUCACCCUAAGGGAAACAACAAGGAUCUGUUGCCUAGGGAGAAUAAUUCGGAAUGCAGGUCGGAUUCUGGAUUAUGCUUCUAUGCUGGUGACGGUCGAGCAUCGGAACAACCGGGACUGACAAUGAUCCACACCCUCUACGUGAGAGAACACAACCGGGUAAUGGAAGGCCUUCAAAAAGUCAACCCCCAUUGGAACGAAGAGAAGAUCUUCGAGCAGGCGAGAAAAAUCGUCAUCGGCGGAAUUCAGCAUGUCGUCUACAACGAAUUUCUGCCAAGAAUACUCGGUUGGAACGCGGUUAAUCUUUACGGGCUCAAAUUGUUACCCCAAGGUUAUUACAAGGACUACAACCCCAGCUGUAACCCGUCGAUCUUUUCGGAAUUCGGUGCUGCCGCUUUUAGGAUCGGGCAUUCUUUGUUGAGACCCCAUAUUCCCAGACUGGACGAUAAUUAUCAGAUUGUCGAUCCGCCAUUGUUGUUAAGGGACUUUUUCUUUAAUACUGACUAUAUGAUGAACGAAGGACUUAUGGACCAAAUGGCCCGGGGAUUAGUGUCGACGCCAAUGGAAACCCUCGAUCAAUUUAUUACCGGGGAAAUUACCAACCAUUUGUUCGAAGAUAAGAAAAUUCCAUUUUCAGGAGUCGAUCUGAUCGCCUUGAACAUUAAGAGGGCCAGAGAUCACGGCAUCCCUUCGUACAACAACUACAGAGCCCUCUGUAAUCUAAAAAGGGCGACCACCUUCGAGGACCUAGCAAGAGAAAUACCCAUGGAAGUGAUCCAGAGACUCAAAGCUUUAUACCCCACCGUGGACGACAUCGAUCUCUUCCCGGGAGGCAUGUCCGAAAGACCCCUUCAGGGCGGCAUCGUAGGCCCCACCUUCGGCUGCAUUAUCGCCAUUCAAUUUAGGCAAUUGAGAAAAUGCGACAGGUUCUGGUAUGAAAACGAGGAUCCGAUAGUGCGUUUCUCGGAAGCUCAACUGGCCGAAAUGCGAAAGAUCACCCUGGCGAAAAUCUUAUGCGACAACAUGGACGCUUAUAGUGACAUUCAGCGGGCGGCGUUCGAGUUACCUUCGAACUUUUUGAACCCGCGGGUGCCCUGUAACUCUUUGCCAACGAUAGAUUUUAACGCUUGGAGGGAAAGCCGAGCGGGUCAAGGGUGUAUUAUCGGCACGAGGCACGUGCAAGUUGGAGAAAGCGCUUUUCCUAGUCCUUGUACUAGUUGCGUAUGUACCGCUGAAGGGGGUAAUUGUGCCUCACUGAAAGUAACAGACUGCCGACAACUGUUACAAGAAUGGCCCAGAGAAGCGAUUUCGCGGGACGAAGUAUGCACGGCCCAAUGCGGUUUUCUGUUCAAAGGGGGCGCAGACAAAUCCGUCCCGAUAGGUCUGGUACCGCCCGCCCUAAAGGAAAUACGACCGCGUCACAUCCAUCGGCCGCCCCGAUUCCCGGUUUCCAGUACAUUUGACUUUUCCGGGUUUAAAUUCCCCAAUCUGUCACCGUUUAUUAAUUAAUUAACUAAUAAGUUUGUAAAUAGUUUUUGUUGUGUGAAUAAUCCGGUCCCAUGAUGAGUGAGAUCUGUGUGGAGACCUUUUAGAGAGAGCUAAAGAGGUGGCCUAAAUAUGUACCUUAUUGUUGAAUAUUUAUAGUUUAAUUUAUGAAUGUAAACCGCUCGGCUCAAUAAUAUUUAGAUAGAAGCAACGGCAAGUUGUUAUUAAGUGAUUAAUUCUGUAACCUUAAUGAAUAUUUAUUGUGUGAAGUAAUGACGUUUUACGUGAAAUUUUACACUGCCAAGUGAAAUUAAGGGAUUUAAAUGUUAAGAAAGGAAGAAUAGCUGUUUGUAAAUGAAAGGCUUGUUUUGAACGCGAUUAAGUUCGGAAUUUUUGUGCCCACCCGUUUAUGAGUGUCAAUAAAGAAAAUGGAGCUUACCGUCUAUGGCAAAAAUGUGGAACAAGAGUUUCUCGGAUUACAAUUCCUAGUUUCUCUACCUCAUCUAUUUAAUGCUGCAAAUACAUCCUCUUGCUUCAACUAUUGAACGUAGCAAUAAUAUAAUUUGUACCUGGAAUCGAAAUGGUGUAUUUGGACGGAACGAUUGUACCUCUUAAAGUUCAAGUUUUUAGAGCGCCUUUAAUUAAUAUUCAAGGGAAACUUCAGUAAUGUAUGAAAUCCCAAAGGAUGUUCAGUUUCUUUUUAAAAAAGAUCAGGAUUUUCCCAAAAAGCAAAAUAUUCGAGGCCUUCCAAGAGAACUUCAAGAUGUAAGGAAUUAUUAAAAAAACGUAAUUGCUUUAUAAGAAUUUCAUCAUUUAUGAUUUUUAAAGUUUCCUUGUAACUUAACUAACUUUAAAAAUGUAGAUUUUUAAAGUACAUCAAAAAAUAUAUUCAAGGCAUGCCUGGAAAGUGCAGAAAAUCAAGAGAACCUCACUUUACGUUAUUAUAAUUACGUAAAUAUUCGAGGCAUACCAUGAAAACCCAAAAAGUUGAAGGAAAUUAGAAAAUACCAAGAAAUCUAUUUGUCCAAGAAAUCAUAAAACUUGAGGAGAUUCUUCGACCAAGAAGUUUCCAUGAAAUAAAUAAAUUUUUAUUUUAGAAUCUUGAAGGAACCAAAAAACCCAAGAAAUCUAAUACAGUAAAGCCUCGAUAGUCUAGACUAAUAAAAACGACGGUGUCUCUUGUGGUCUUUUUACAUACAUAUAUGUUUGCUAUGUAGUAGGUACAUAAUAAAGCUAAUUAAAAAAGUCUGUAAUUUUUGCUUGCUUUACUUUUUCUUGAUUUUUCAUAAAAGCCAUUUCUUUAAGUCUUUGAAGAAUAAGAAUAUCAUGCAGUGGCACUCGAUUUUCUUCAGCCCUUCGCUGCUUCAUCAUUUUUGACUCCUUUCUCUCUCCCUUUAUUUUCGUCAUCAUCUUCACAUUCUUCGCUGCUGCUAUAAUGCAUUUCGUUGCUUUCUAUCUCGUCUAAUACCAAGUUGUCAUCAUUUUCAAUCCAGUUAUUCACUUCAUUAGGAUUUAUCUCGUUUUCACUUAGUGUUUGGAGCAGAGCAUAGCCGAAACAUCCGUUAAAGCUCGUAGCUUUUCCUGUAAUUGCUUUAGCGAAAUCAGAUCAUCGGCUUCGUAUUCUAAAUCAUUACCAAAAACCGUUCCUUUUGGAAUUACUUUUUCCCAACAUUUUUGUAAAACCUCUACAGUAAGUUUUGACCAUGCAUUGCUCAGUAAGUAUGUUGCAGUUAUGAGAUUUAAGGUCUUCAUUUUGUGAUAAAAUGUGCGCCAAAAGGCUCUUACGGUAAAACAAUUUAGUCAACCUUAUGGCAUUUUGAUCCGUGGGUUGCAGCAAUGCUGUGCAAUUUGGCGAAAGAAAGAUUGUUUGGAAAUGGCCAUCCUCACUUCUCAGUUCUUCUGGCGAUCCGUGGCUUGAGGCAUUGUCAAUGAUUAAAAGAGCACGUUCAGUUAGAUUUUGGCUUCUUAAAUACUCUUUUACUUGCCUAAUAAACGAAUUAUGAAACCACUCUUUAAAUAUUGCAGAUGUCAUCCAAGCAUUGCAGGAAUUUUUGUACUCUACGGGUAUGGGUACAUUUUUAAAUGCUCUGUGAUUUUUUGCUUUUCCAAUGACGAGAAUUCUCAAUUUGUGAGAACCAUCUCUUUUUCAGGUCUUUUCUUGAGAACGAACAAUUGUUUUUUCCGGUAACAUUUUCCAGUAAAACGCUGAUUCAUCAGCAUUGUAAACCUGCGUAGGAAUUAAAUUAAGGUCUUUCAUUUUCUGUGCCAACAUAUUUUUAAAAGGCUCAACAGCAGUUUCGUCAUUGGAUAAUUUCUCACCACAAAUUUUUAAAGCUCUAAAACCAUGUCGAUCCAACCUCGACUGGCUGCAAAAUUCUCACUUCCAUAAACAUCGUUGUAGAUUUGCUUUGCUUUGGCUGCUAACAUUUCAUAUGAUAUGGGAAUGUGUCUGGAACGUUGCCUGCAAAACCAUUCGAACAAUCGCUUUUCCAUUCUGGGAUAUUCAGGUUUUCUUAGUGUUUUCCUAGCUUGUGGUACGCUAUCACAACCGCUAAUAAAACAAAACAUUAGUAAAAAUAAAACGUCUUUAUAAACUUUGGCACAUACCUUUUAAUGCUCAAUUUGUCCUUUUUAAUAUCCGAAAUUGUGGAUGUGCCUACAUCGUAUUCACUAGCUAAGGCUUUUCCACUCACGCCACGUUCUAAUCUGUUCAGUAUAUCAAGCUUUUGUUUUAAAGAUAUGUUUUAUGCUUUCGUAUUGGAGCCAUAUUCCCCAGAAUUGGUGUAGGAAGGCCAGAAAGCAAUAAGUGUCGACUGUAAUACCUAAGUAACGUUAAAAACUAAACUUUCGCAAACUACCAAUCAAUUUAAACUUGUCAAAGCCUGCAAAACGGCUGAAAACAGCGCCAUCCGGAUUAUCGCGUACAAGCGAAUCCGGACUAUAACGUACAUAAUAGCGGCAAAAUUCGUGUUCGGACUAAUGAAGCAUCCGGAGUAACGCAUGUCCGGAUUAUCAAGGCUCUACUGUAUAUGUAAAACACCAAAGUUAACUUUGUCCUUAUGCAAUUGUCACUGAAGAUGUUUUAAAAGCCGAAACCGCUUUGCCUCUUUUAAGAAUUAAACGGCGCCUUUACCAUUUCGUCAUAGCCAGUUUUUAACCCUUAAUAACUUUUUUCCUAAUCAAUCAAUUGAUUUUUUUGAAAAUUAGUAGUAAUGAAGUCUAAAUCUCUGUAUUUCUUCGGUCCGAAUUUUCAACCCCUUAUAACUUUUUUCCGAUUUGCUCGAUUUUCAUGAAAAUUGGUAGUAAUGGAGUCCAAAACUUCCCCUUACGCUUACUAGAAAUAAUUUAAUUAAACCAAUAAAUUAACUGCUCGAAAUACAAACAGUCAGCCUUUCAUUUCCAAAACACUAAUUGUAUAUUAAUUACUGUAAUUUAUAAAAUUAAAUGUUUCUUGUUAUUCGAUGCACAUUACUGUAAAAAUAGUAGGAAAUAUAUUUUAUUUCGAUA